AUGGUGGUCCCAAAGGCGAGCUAUCUCCUGCUCCUUGCCGUCCCUUCUCUCUCCUACGCAGCUGGAUACCCGCAUCAAGAUGCCUCUCCUUUCCCUCAGGUCGACCUUGGAUACGCCGUCCAUGCUCCAACCUAUGUCAAUGAAACAUCCAGCGGGUUGAAAUAUGCCAACUACAACAACAUCCGCUUUGCUCAGCCUCCGCUCGGUCCCCUGCGAUUUAGACGCCCCAAGACUCCUCCUCCAAGUGAACCAGGGAUCAAAAAUGGCUCUGCUCCCAUGUUUGCGACGGACUGUGUAAGCGCCGUUCCAAACAUAUUUCCUGAACAGGGGCUCCCUUCAAGAUCUUGGGGUCACGAGGAUUGCUUGUUUCUCAACGUGAGAGUCCCAGAGGGCGUUAAAGCAGGAGAUAAUGUUCCUGUCAUUCACUGGGUGCAUGGCAGUGGGUAUGCAUAUGGAAGCAAAGACCUCAACAGGAUCAGUGGAGAUGGCAGUGGCCUGUUCGAGGACAUGGACCGUUCUACACAAAAGUUCAUAUAUGUUGCUAGCAACUAUCGCAUGGGCUUAUAUGGAUGGAGUUCAUCUCCUUCUGAAGACACAGAAGCCAAUGUGGGUUUACACGACACACUGGCUGCGCUGCAAUGGACCCGAAAGUAUAUAUCGAAAUUUGGAGGAGACCCUCGGAGGAUCACUGCCUUUGGAGAGAGUGCUGGCGCAGGAAUGAUUGACCUCUUGCUUGUCGCUAAAGGCGGGAAGGAAGACCUACCUUUCAACCGGGCAUUCAUAGCCUCCCCGGGUGUUUGGCCACGUCGAGACCCCAGUCGUCGACAAGCCGUUUUCGACUCAGUGCUACAAGCAGCAAAUUGCAAGUCUGUUGAUUGCUUGAGAAAGUUGCCAGAGAAAGACCUCUUCAAAGCAAAUGAAUACCUCCUCGUCAAUGUAACAGAUGGGCAUAGUGGUGCCCUGGGUCCUGGCCCUGGAUUUGCCCCCGUCGUGGAUGGCGAAUAUAUCGAAGAUCUGCUCCCCUCGAUCUUUUCAGGAAGAGGAGGAUAUAACAGGGUACCAUCCCGAGUUGCCGUCAGCAACAUGGCGUUCGAAGGACGAGGACAGUCGCCGCCAGAUCAUAUGCCAGAGCUGUUCCCUUUCCUUGUUCGUGGAACCAUACCCCAUGCCUCCGACGAAACGAUCAAGAAAAUACAAUCACUCUAUGAAUAUCCUCCCGGCCUCGCUGUUAAACUUGGAUGGGACUGGGUGACAGACAUAUCAUUCGCCUGCAAUGCUUAUUUCACUGCUAAGGCAUAUGCACACAAAGCUCAGAGAUAUGUCAUGUCCAUCCCCCCUGCCACACAUGCGUUGGACCAAAGCUACUACUUUUACCAAGAUAAUAUCACUACUCCAGUCGCUAGUGUCAAGCUUGCAAGAGAAUUUCAGGAACAUGUUCGGCGAUUCGUCACUGAUGGAAAGAAUGAAAAGAAAUUCCAUGGGCUCGAAGAUUUCCCUACAUACGGUCAGAGCGAAACCACUUUCAAUGUCACUCUUGAUGGAUGGAAGAAGGAAAAGGACUACUGGGAAGUCAACCGUCGAUGCCAGGUUUUGAAGGAGAUCCUCAGCGACCCAAAGAAUGGUGCUUAA